UCUCUAGGGUGAACCUCUAGAUUCAUCAAUUAAUAGUAUUUUGUUAUUUCAUAUUCAAUAUCUUUAAAAAAAUAUUGUAGGUAUAUUAUAUUUUUAAUAUAAAAAGGUAAAAUAAAUAAAAAUAGUAGUAGUUGUAAAAAAAGAAUUUUUUAAAAAUAUUUUUAUCGCCGUCAGCAAAAUACUAAACUCUAAACCCUUGAAAUAUCCUAAACUUUGGAUAAAACCUAAACCCUAAAUUAAAACACUAGACACUAAAUCUUGAAAAUACUAAACCCUUGAUCCUAAACCCUAAAAUACUUGGACAAAAAUAAUUAAAAAUAACAGUAAUUGCUAAAGUUUUUUUUUUAAAAAAUAUUUUUAACGCCAUAAACAAAACACUAAAUUUUACUGAUAUUUUAAUAAAAAUGGUUCUCCUUAAGAAGUUUUAGAAAGCAGUGAAUUUUCUCGGGAUGGCCAAACACUAAGGAGCAUCCGCGUCUCCCGGCAAACAUAGGUUUGCAUGACCUAAAAUAGAGGAUCAUGUUUUGAUAUCAUCGAUGUGGAGUUUGUUCGAUUAGUCAAGGACUUCAUAUGCUAUGCUUUUUCCUGAAUAGUUAAAUUAAUUGCACAUGUAGUUUUGCUAUCAUUUGUGUUCAAAUUAAUAGACAGAUUGUAAAAGUCAAAGCAAUAUUGUGAAAAUUCAAAGCGUAUAUGGUCAACUGAACUUAGUGUAGAACAAAAAUAUAUAUACCGUCAAUGACUAAACAACACAAAAGUAAACAAAAAAAGAAAAAGAGAGAUGAAGGUACGUUUUUUCUUCAUCUUAGUUCUCCAUCUUUCCUCAAAAUAUGAUUCGAAAAUUGUAUCGACAGAGCCGUUUAAGAUAUCUACUCGAAGAAACAUCUUGUCCCCAGAAAAAGUCUUUGUGUUUGGUUUCUUUAAACCGUCGACAACUUCCGGAGUAGCUGACCGCUGGUAUCUCGGCAUAUGGCACCACAGGUUUCCUCAGGAAGUCGUAUGGGUUGCGAAUAGAGACAACCCAAUGUCGAAGCCCGUAGGAACCCUCAAAAUCUUGGAUACCAACCUGGUACUCCUUGAUCAACACGGUACCCGCGUCUGGUGGACCAAUAGGACUAGCACAAAUCUCAUGAAAUCACUAGUGACUGGAGAGCUUCUUGACAGUGGGAACUUCGUGUUAAGGUACUUCAACAACGACUCAUCAACUGGGUGUUUGUGGCAGAGUUUCGAUUUUCCGACGGAUGCUUUAGUGUCCAAUAUGAAACUAGGGUUUGAUGCCAAAUCGAAUAUAAAUAGGGUCUUGGAAUCUUGGAGAAGCUCGGAUGAUCCGUCAUCAGGAGAAUUCACCUAUGGAGUGGAACGUCAUGAGCUCGUGCAGAGUGUCACUCGGAAGAAGGGUCUGCCAACAUUCCGGAGUGAACCCUGGAAGAUUAAAAAUGAGAGUGGAAAUUUCACCUACGUGACGUACAACAUUACCGUAACCAGAGAAGAGGCCACAUAUUUCUUCACUGUCACUAAUAAAACCUUCUUUUCCAUAUUGAGAUUGUCCUACAACGGCGUGUUGAAGCGGUCAACUUGGGUUCCAAAACCACAACAAUUGUGGAAACGCGUAGAUCGUAUUUUACCGCAUGAUGCAUGCGGGUUAUACAACAAAUGUGGACCUAAUGGUAUAUGUGAUACAAGCAGAUCACGAAUCUGUGGUUGCAUUCAUGGAUUUAAGCCGAGAGACCAAGAAGCAUGGGGUUUUCAAGACUGGACAGGUGGGUGUAUGAGGAAGACUAAGUUGAAUUGCUCUGGAGAUGGGUUUGAGAAGCUUAGGAAAAUGAAGUUGCCGGAUAUUACAAAGUCUAUUGUGGACAUGACUAUUGGGUUGAAGGAAUGCAAAGAAAAGUGCAAUAGGAAUUGCAAUUGUACUGCAUUUGCUAACCCGGAUAUGCAAAAUAGCUGUGUGAUUUGGGUGGGAGAAAUCCUCGAUCUUCGGAAGAGCAUGAUUGCCGGUCAAGAUCUAUUUGUUAGAUUGGCUGCCACUGAUAUAUCGGUGACAAAUUCAAACAAAAAUACAAGAAAAAUGAGUGCAAAAAGCAUAAUGUUGAUUAUUGGAAUCUGCAUUGUGUUUCUUCUGGGUGUCAUUUUCAUAUUGUUCUGUUUCUGGAAAAGAAAGAAGAGGAUUCCAACAAGAACCGUUGCACCACCUAUUGGGAAUUUACAAUGUGUACCGAUGGAGCUAGUAAAGGUUGUCAAGGCCACAGAAAACUUUUCUGAUUGCAACAAGAUAGGAAAAGGUGGUUACGGUAUUGUUUACAAGGGGAUUUUACCAGACGGGCAAGCAAUCGCAGCUAAAAGGCUGUUGGUGAGAUCAGCUCAUGGGAUCGAAGGUUUCACCAACGAGGUGAAUUUGAUCGCCAGCGUUCAACAUGUCAACCUCGUCCAGCUACUCGGAUACUGCUUUGAGGGAGAGGAGAUGAUUCUACUCUUUGAACUAAUGGAGAAUUCCAGUCUCGAUACGUAUAUUUUCGACAAAACCAAAAGCUAUAAGAUUGAUUGGGAGAAGCGAUGGGAUAUAACUAAUGGUAUUGCUCGGGGACUUUUAUAUCUUCAUCAAGAUUCUCGGUAUCGGAUCCUCCACAGGGACCUGAAACCGAGCAACAUCUUGCUUGACAAAGAUAUGGUACCAAAAAUCUCCGACUUCGGGAUGGCUAAGCUAUUUGCAAGGGAUGAGACAGAAGCUACUAGUACAACGAAUAUGGUCGGAACUUUCGGCUAUAUGCCUCCCGAAUACGCGAUAGAUAGGAUAUGCUCUGUCAAAUCAGACGUUUUCAGUUUUGGAGUCUUGCUUCUCGAGAUAAUCGCUGGAAAGAGAAACAACGAAUUCUUAUACUACAACGAAGAAAGCCUUCUUUUCUAUAUAUGGAAGCUCUGGUUGGAAGGAAAAGGGCUCGAUAUUGUAGAUCCUGUUAUCGUUGAUUCCUCAUCAACAUUUCGACCAAGUGAGGUUCUAAGAUGCAUCCAUAUUGGUCUCCUGUGUGUUCAAGAAAGUAAAGAUAAUAGACCGCUGAUGUCGUCUGUUAUGUUGAUGCUCACAAGCGAUAAAACAGAGAUGAAUCAGCCUGAACGUCCUGGUUCUUUCGUCAUUCGAAAUCGUUUUGUGAUUGGUUCCUCAUCAUCAAACCUGCCAAACAAAGAAACUUGCACGCCGUUCGAUAUAGCCGACUGGACGCCCGUUAGUGCUGGGUAAUCAGCUCUUCACCUCAGGCUAAGACAGUCUUUUCUCGUCUAAAUUUUAUUACAUAGUAAAACAAAUGUAUUAUCAUAGUAAAUACAUGCACUGUCAAAUAGUAAGCCUUAAUAAUGGGUUCUUUAUAAGAAAUGCUGUGACUAAAUAUGUUGAUUUUAUAGUUUGUUAUUAUUCCCUCUCAAAUUAUGCAACCCA